AUGGUGCCGAUCAAAACUUUUCUCCAAAACCAAUCCAUGAUAAUAUCAGUGGCCACCUCUCUCGCCGCCUCAACAAUUCUCGUCCGAAACAUUGCCAACGAUCUCGUCCCCGAAGCCGUCCAUGAAUACUUCCAGAAGCUCUCCACCCGUUUGUCUUCCCAGCUCAAUGUCGUCAUCGACGAGUUUGAAGGGCUCACCCAAAACCAGAUGUUCGAGGCGGCCAACGUUUACUUGGCCAGAAAGUUAUCACCUUCAACUCUGAGAAUCAAGGUACAUAAGCCGCAGAAAGAGAAGGAACUAGCAGUGGCAAUCGACACGGAUCAAGAAGUGAUCGAUUUCUACAAGGGUGUGAAAUUCGAGUGGGUUUUGGCGUCUUGGCGCAUUGACAUGCCGGAUUCAAAUAAAAAAAGCAAUCAAAACGCACUUUCGAGACCCGAGCUACGACGCUUUAAGCUUCGUUUUCACAAGCAGCAUAGGGACAUGGCGCUGAGCUCUUACUUGCCCCACAUUCUGCAAGAAGCAAAAGCGAUAACAGAAGAGACAAAGACGGUUAAGAUUCACACCAUUGACUACAAUGGUACGGAUUAUUGGAGCUCCAUCAACCUCGACCAUCCGGCAACUUUUGAUACAAUGGCCAUGGACCCAGACACGAAGAAGGCUUUGAUGGAGGAUCUUGAUAGGUUUACAGUAAGGAAGGAGUAUUAUAGGAGGGUAGGCAAGGCUUGGAAACGUGGGUAUUUGUUGUAUGGACCGCCCGGUACCGGAAAAUCAAGCUUAGUGGCAGCCAUGGCCAAUUAUCUUAAGUUUGAUAUCUAUGACAUGGAUUUGAGGGAGGUUCAGUGCAAUUCGGAUCUACGGAGGUUACUGAUAGGCACGGGGAGUCGAUCAAUACUGGUAAUAGAGGACAUUGAUUGUUCAGCUGAGUUGCAGAAUCGGGAUCUGGAGAAGGAAGCCAAAUCUGAAGAGGAUGGCAAGAUUACACUGUCUGGUCUUUUGAACUUCAUUGAUGGAUUGUGGUCAAGCUGUGGAGACGAGAAAAUCAUUGUGUUCACGACGAAUCACAAAGACCGUCUAGAUCCUGCACUGCUGAGGCCCGGUCGCAUGGAUGUGCACCUCAAAAUGUCAUAUUGCUCCUUUAGUGGUUUCAGGACAUUAGCAUCUAAUUACUUGCAAAUUCAGAAGCAUCCACUAUUCGGAGACAUCGAAGAGCUGUUAGAGAAGACGGAGACGACACCUGCGGAAGUUGCAAGAGAGUUGAUGAAGAGUGAUGAUGCUGAAGUUGCACUACAGGGGCUUAUCAAGUUCCUCCAAAGCUAAAAAGAGGAAACUGGGCAAAUCCAGUAA